GCAGCAGCUGGCAAAAGAAACAUGUCGGGUUGUUUUUACGUACUACAGAAAGUGCGGAAAACCAUUCCAAUUCGACAGACAUACCCCUGCAUCAGUGCAGACAUAAGCUAGCUAACGUCGUAGCUGCUACUAGCUAACGUUGGUUAAGCGGGUGCAGCCCUCCACCUCCACAGGUUGCUUCUGCUGCUCUGCUGGGACUGCCUGCCAACACUGCCCUGUAACAAUAUCUGGAUUGUUAAUAACGUCACAGAAAUUACAACAUAAUAAUGCUUAGUUCUUAGUUCUUGGAAAUGCAGCAUGAAGACAGACGCUAUAUUUAGUUUAAUUACUUUUUUGCUUGUUAGCAUCAAUUUAGUGCACUCAACCUUCACACAUUCCCUGACUUUUUUUUCUUUCUGGAAGGAUAUUAUUCGGAAACUUCGGUUAUUCAAAUGGGUGAAGAGGAGGAUCGUGCUGACGUUUCGUCCUGUCCAAAAUGGCAAACCUUGUGACAUCGUUGUGCUGUGUAGUUCUGGCCGCGGUGGUGGUAGCCUACGCUCAGAGACGCAGUCAGCUUGUUGCGAGGAACCAGUAUGAGCGAAUGGGCAGUGAUGUCACCAUGCAGUGCGGCUCCCUGGACAACGACGCGUCAGUGUCAUGGAAGGUGAACGGGACAGAUGUGAAGGCCCAGCACCACCUAGAGGGUCCCAGACUGAUGCUGAACGAAGUGGACCUGGGCCACAACGGACUCUACAGCUGCUUUCAGAACCCGCACGGAGAGAGACGUGACACCAUCUACCUCCACAUCGGCAUUCCCCCUCGGGAACCCACAGUCACCUGUCGGUCCAACACCUACCCGAAAGGCUUCUACUGCAGCUGGCACCAGCUGCACCCGACGUACAUCCCCACUACUUUUGAAGUGGACGUACAACACAACCAGCGUUCACUGGAGGUGCAGCAAGAUCCGGACCACAAGAAUCGCUGUCGUGUGCGUUUCCCUGAGGUCUUCUCCAGCUUCCCCUACAAAGUGAACGUGACGGCAGUCAACGCCUUAGGGAAAGCCUCCUCCACCAUUUCUUUUGAAGAGUCCAGUAUAGUUAAACCAGACCCCCCAGAGCGAGUGACGGCGACCCCGAUCCGUUUAAACGCCCGGAGGCUUGAGGUGUCCUGGCACAGCCCAGCCACCUGGCCUGAUAUCGACAACUUCCCUCUGAAAUACUUCCUUCGAUACCGGCCACUCAUCCGCGAGCAGUGGCAGCAUGUGGAGCUAUCUGACAGCACCUCCCACACCAUCACCGAUGCCUACGCUGGGAAGGAAUACAUCAUCCAGGUGGCUGCCAAGGACACAGAGAUUGGAACAUGGAGCGACUGGAGUGUUGCUGUCCAUGCUACACCCUGGAUUGAAGAUCCUCUGCCCAUCACUUCGACAACUGAAGUGGAAUUAACUACCGGGGCUAAGACCUCCCCCAUACCGUCCUCCAACGCACCACAAAAGGCUGAAAAUUCAGUGGGCAGUGCUGCCAGGCUCCUCACAUACUUCUCCCCUUUGCUGUUAGGAAUACUGCUGCUCUUAAUGUGAUGUGUCUUAUUCCUGACGGGAGUAGUAGGAGGAAGAAGAGGAGGAGGAAGAAGAGGAGGAGGAGGAGGAGGCGGAGGUGGCUGGUCUUUUUUCUAUUUUGCACAUGUUUCAAGGAUAUAGUGCAUUGAUCAUUUUCUGUCCAUCACGCAGUUACUCACCGAGAUUACUUAGACAUGAAACCAGACGAUGAUAAUGCAAUUCAGCAUUUUUGAUUAAUGGUGACAAAGAAAUUCUUCAGAGGAGCGGCUUCAUCAACAGCAGCAGCAGCAGCAGCAACGACCACGACAGCAGCAGUGACAUCAGCCUAAACAGUCUUAUAUCACCCCCUGGUGGCUUUGACGGGCCACAGCAGACUUUGUUUGGGAAUCUCCUCUUCAGAGCAAGAAAAUCGACUCCUCAGAUGGCAACAAAAAAAAAAUCUUCUCAUUACCUUUUUGUUCUUUUUAUUUUGUUUUUAUUGAUCAUGAAUUUAUUUCCACUUUCUUCUAAAAUUGCAGCACCGUACAGACAAACACACACAUAUAUAAAGCAUUCGUGCGUGUGUUUGUGUGUACAGCCCGGUAGCAGUCCCCAUACAGCUAAAUCAUCAUGCCAAAGACUCUCCCCCCCCGCCCCACUCACACCCCCCCCCCCCCCCCCCCCCCCCCGACAAAAUGGUUCCCAAACAAUUCACUGAGCUUCCUGAAGCCCUGUGUCUGCCUUCGUCGUGAGCAAGUUAUCUGCGUGUGUGCACAACACCUGAUUGAUGCUGACUCGCGUGGUACACGAGUGUGAGGUAACCCCGCAGCUCCUGUUUGUGUAAACCUACCAUUCAACAAAGAAGACACACAAAUACUCAAUCAGACUCUGAAUCUGCCAACUCCCAAGACUGAAUCCAAUUGACGGAGCGAGUCGUUUUUUCGAUUACAAGGACUAACACUUUAAAGAAUUCAGUAAACGGUAGUCUGGCUUAUUUAGACGAUUAGCUUUACACUCUGCUUUCAGCGACUGGCAAAGAGGACCUGGAUUGUAAAAAAAAUAAAUAAAGUGGAUUUGAGACUGAACAAUUCUUUGCCCACCCAUAUGUUUCGGUUCGACGACGGAGUUGGUUGUUGAAACAUUGAUAUGCUUUGUUGGUUUUCCAUUCUGCUCCGUGCUGUAAAAUACAAUAACACAAAACAGUUUGCUUUCCAAAUUUCACGUCUUUUCAAACAUGAAAGAAUCUUUUCGCAGUUUACAUUUCCAGUUAAGUAGCCAAUAUCAGCAGUUAAUAUUAUAUUAUUCAAAGGAAUAUUGUUGUGUUUUAUUGUAUUUUUUUUUUAUCUUUAAGAGACAAAUAAUACCAAGACACAUAUAGGAUUUUAGUUUUUUUUUUCUCAGACAUUCAUAAUGGCUUAAUUCUCCUUGAUCCUAUUUUGUAAACUAUGAUAUGUAACUUUAACAUUGAACAAAAAGUUUAUUAUUUAAUAAUAAUAAUAAUAAUGUAUGUAUUAGCAGUAGAAUGUCGUAACCUGUACCUGGGGUCUUUUUUAUAGAUGUAUAUACAAUGACAGGUAUCAACCAUUAAAUGUGACCAUUUCACAAUGAAUGAUGACA